CUGAGGGAGGUGACUGGGAAACGACGCAACCAAACAAAGAAAUAUAUUAUACCCUUGUCGUUAUUAUUUGUCGCAUUCAGGAUUCGUAUUAUGUAUAAUAUACGAUGGACUUCUACGGCUGUGCAAGCUAAGUUGACAACCUCUAUAUAAACAUCUUCAUGGCUUAAAUUAUGAGGAAUAAUGAUAAUAUACCAUGGGUGCGAACCUUACUACUUUUGAAAACAAUACCGGUGUGGAGCUUCAACUGAGAUUCUUUAGAUCCCCAGCGCGUCCAGACCACUUUCGGAGGAUCAUUAGAAUCAGAGCGGGUGCGAGGGCGAAUAUACCACGCUCAGAUUUACGUUACAACGACACAAACCCAGAAAGGCACGAGGUGAUAAUGAUAUUCGUCGAUGGAGUUGGUGCAGGUGUUGGAUUGGUUCCACGCGAAGUCAUCAACUUUUCGAGAGUCAUCUGCGGCAGAAAUAAAGAUGGAGGAUUGGUCAUUCAAGGCGUUCCAAGAUGGGCGUGUGGAUGCUGGGCAGGAGGGGGUUUAGAGGACCUCGCAUAAGGUAUAUUAUAUAUGGGCUUUACAAAUCUUGUUUGUUACUUUGUUAAGCACAUUCGUGUUGUUAAGCCCAUAUGGGUUAAUUUCUGAUUUGUCUUGUCUCUUGUGCAGA